AUGAGGGAAGUACUUGUCAAUCCACUCAGUGGUUAUUAUAUGUUUAAUGACGUUUUUGGCAAAAAAGGUGAUUUUGUCACUUCACCCGAGAUCAGUCAAGUGUUUGGUGAGUUAUGCGGUAUUUGGUACCUGACAGAAUGGAUGAGGUUAGGACAGCCGUCGAAAACUCAAAUUAUUGAAUUUGGACCUGGACGAGGCACAUUAAUGAGUGAUAUGUUGAGAACACUGGCUCAAUUUCCUUACUUUUACAAGACAUUGACGGAUGUCCAUCUGAUUGAAGCAAGCCCGGGUCUUCGAAAGAUACAAAGGGAUCAUUUGAUUCAAGGAUCACCAUCAACAGACAAGGAGGUUGUGUGCGAUAAAGGUGCUGAUUCUUCAGAGACCAUGACGAGAGAAGAUGGUAUUCGAGUGUCGUGGCACGAUGGUAUUGAACUUGUUCCAGAUGGCUGGUCAUUGGUCAUGGCUCAUGAGUUCUUUGAUGCAUUACCUAUUCACAGCUUUGAAAAAACAGAUUCGGAUUGGCGGGAACUGUUGAUCGAUAUGGACGACAAGAUAUCACCGGAUGCCUAUAAAUUCAUGCACAUAAUAGCACAAUUUCUGGGUCGAAAUGGUGGUACGGGGUUGGCGAUUGAUUACGGACAGGAUUAUAUUCAAGGAGAUACGCUGAGAGCUAUUCGAAAACAUGCUAUUGUACAUCCCAUGUCAGAUCCUGGAAGUGCUGAUUUGAGUGCGGAUGUGGAUUUUUCGUUUUUGAAACAGGCUAUUCAACAUUAUAACAAGACAGAAGGAAAAGAAUUGACGGCUUAUGGACCGACGACUCAACAAGAGUUUUUAAAAUCUUUGGGUAUUGCAGCUCGUAUAGAACAAUUAUUCAAGAAUGCCAAGACAUCCGAGCAAAGGAAAACGUUAUUGGAUGGUGCAGAAAGACUGAUGGAUUCUAAGGCUAUGGGUAGAAUCUACAAAGUGUUGGCAUUCAGUAAUGAGCAGAUCAAUAAGACUACCAAAAAACCAGUAGGAUUUUAA